AUGCUGUCCACUCUAUUCCUGCUACUACCGGUCAUCAGUCCCACUUUGGCCUGGAUCCCAGUGCAGGACUGGGGGUCUGGCAAUGUGACGUCGUCAGUGGGAAGUUUGGGUGAGUGUGUUUGUCACGUGUACCUGCCUGACACCACUUUCCCUGCUGAUCGGGUGCAGCACAUGCAACAAAUUAGCAAGGAUCUGAUCCAGGAAGUGCAGAUUCAAAUGAACAAGAUAAAAACUUAUGAAAUAAAGCUGGAGAUCUAUUUGGGAGAACUGAAAAAGCUGCUGGAUAGAGUCACCAUCCUGGGCUCCAGUGCUGACGAUUACAUCAAACUGGACUUUGAGCUGCUCAGGAUUGAGCUCAGAGAGUUCGAAUCUCUGGUUUCUCAGCUCAAAGAUGCCUUCAAUUCCUCCUCACCCAUGUUUGACUCUCUCUAUACCGAGAUCCGCAACAUGACUCUCAUUGUGAACACACUGGAGUCGUACGACAAGAGCAACCUGCAAGUGAUCCGCAUUGAGUUUGUCAAACUGCAGAAGAAGCUGGAGGAGUGCCAGAAGGAACAAGAGUUCUUGAAGCCAGAUAUCGGAAACUGCAAUCACACAGGAAUCAUGAGACUCAGCAAACCCAUGGUUAGCCAACUGAACUCUCAUUUGCAGACAAGUUAUAUUUAUGGUGGAUGGGGGAAGGACUCCAAACCCGCUAAAGGUUCUGAGUCCACGUACUUCUACAGUGGAUCCAGCAGUACUUUAACAACCCAGUUCUAUUUUUACCCAGACUAUAAACACCUGCUUCUGAUGUCAACAUCAAGUUCCCUUGACAUUCCACCUAGUUAUAGAGGCUAUGGUAACAACUACAUCGUUCGUGGUAACAGUAUUUAUUAUCAGAGAUACUCGCCAUUUAGUAUGGGCAAGUACAAUCUUACCAGUAAACUGUACGAUUCAAGAGUGAUCCCGACUGCCACUACGGCCUUCUCAUACAGUUACUCGAACAACCAGAACAUGGACUUUGCAGCGGAUGAAAAAGGAUUGUGGGUAAUGUAUGCCUCUGAGGAGAGCAAAGGUAAACUAGUCAUUGCAAAGAUAGACGAGAAAGGCUUCGGCAUUGAGAACGUGUGGAACACGGCCGCGUACAAACAGAUGACCGGCAACGCCUUCAUGGCCUGUGGAGUCAUGUACGCCACCAGGUCUGUGGACCUGAACACUGAGGAGAUCUACUACUCCUUCGACACCAAGAGCGGCGAGGAAAAACACCUCAACAUUCGCUUUCCGAAGUUCCAGGAGAAUUAUUCCAGCCUGGACUACAACCCCACCGAUCAGCUCCUCUACAUGUACAGCAAUGGCUACUACGUGUCCUACCAUGUGAGGUUUAACACGGCAUGA